AUGUUCAACGCCCUCAACCGAUUCAUAUCCCGUCUCGACGGUGAUGCGCCUCCCCAGGCAAGAGAAACCCACAGCGGUUUCGGCUUCCAAGUCCUGCGCAACACCAACCUCGAGCUCUCCAUCGAGCCAUGGUUCGACUACGUAGUUGGCAUCAACGGGCGCAUGAUUGAAUCCUCCGACCCCUCCCUCUUCGCCCAGGAAGUCCGCAACUGCGCCGGCUCCUCAGUGAUGCUCGGCCUCUGGUCCGCCAAAGGCCAGCGCACACGCGCCCUCCACGUCCCUGUCCCCGCCGACACCGCCUCCCUAGGCCUCACCCUCCAAUGGACCCCGCUCUCCGUCGUCUCCAACAUCUGGCACGUCCUCGACGUCCCCGCCAACUCCCCCGCCGACGCCGCCGGCCUCCUCCCCUACAGCGAUUACAUCCUCGGCACCCCCGAGGGCGUCCUCCACGGCGAAUCCGGCCUCUCCGAGCUGGUAGAAGACCACAUCGGCCGCCCCCUCCGCCUCUACGUCUACAACAACGAAUACAACGUCACGCGCGAGGUCACCAUCCAGCCCUCGCGUGACUGGGGAGGAGAGGGAGCUCUCGGCUGCGUCCUCGGCUAUGGCGCCCUACAUCGCAUCCCUGCCCCUCUUAGCGAGCCAGUUCAAGCUCCCGGUGAGACUCUCUUUGAUGGCAGUGAAUCUGGUGGUGGCAUCCCUCAGUUCGGCGCUGCCCCAAGGUCAUUCUCACCUUUUGUUCCGGCGGCUACCACAGCUACUCCUCCCCCUCCAUCCUCCUCGGCAGACUUUCUUGUCCCGGCUCAACUACUUAGCCCGCCUCCAACAACAGGCGGUACUGCACCACCCCGAGGCAAAAAGAAGGAAAGGGGCCACCAUACGGGACCGAAUCUCAUGGACGAUUACUUCAAGGAACAGGAAAAGAAGAGCAGAGAAUUGGACAACGCGCCAAGUCGAACUGCCUCACCGUUGCCACCUCCCCCAAAAACCGGAGGGCCACCAAUGGGAGGGCCGCCCAGGGUUGGAAGCAUACCUCCACCCAAGGAGGGAGAGUGA